AUGUCUACUUUCGCAAAAGCUGGCUUCAAAAGUGCCAACUACAACUCGUUCCGUCCCCACUACCCACCCUCUUUCUAUAAGAUUUUGACAGAAUACAUAGGUAAAGAGGCAGGAAAAACAGGCGACAAAGUAGGUAAAACGAUUGAUUUGGGAUGUGGAACAGGCGUUGCAACAUAUCCAUUGCUCCAAUUCUCGCAGAAUGUGGUUGGAUUGGAUCUCUCACCUCCCAUGAUUGAAACCGCUAAUUCCUUGAAAGCCGCCAAAUUAAAGGAAUUGGGGAUUCAAGACGAAUCGAGGAUCGAGUUUGGAGUCUGCGCCGUGGAAGACUUCGAUGCACCUCCAAACUCGUAUGAUUUGAUCACCGCUGCUGAGUGUAUUCAUUGGUUCAAGGAUUAUCCCAAAUUCUUUGAAGCAGCUGCUAAACAUUUGAAGCCGAAUGGAGUUUUGGCAUAUUGGUUUUAUGUAGAUCCUGUGGUCGUCAAUUUUGAAGGUCCUCAUAAUGAGAAAUUGCUGGCUAUUGAAACCAUGCGCCGCGCUCAGCAGAUCUACCUCCUGUACGUCUAUGAGGAUCCUAAGGGUUUGGGUGUCCAUUGGGAUCGCCCUGGUAGAGACAUUUUGAGGAAUUUGUUGCGCGAAGUUGACGCUCAGAUUCCGCAAGAUCUUUUCAAAGAUGUGAAGACUCAGAAGUAUGUGCCCUCUGUAGAUGGCCUGCUGCAACUCACUCCCCAGGACUUGCGCUUGGUCAGAGAGAAAAUUACGCUCAAGGACUUCACCAAUUACAUCUCGACUUAUAGUCUGUUCCACAACUAUUCGGAGAGCACCGGCGCGGGCGCAGAGUUCUUGGAGAAGAUGAUUCAGGAAUUCGAAACGGAGCUUGGCUGGGACCGUGAGAAGACACUUUUGGAUUUGAACUGGACUUCGGGCUAUACCUUUAUGAGAAAGAGUGGGGAAUAA